AUGGCGUCGUGCGGGCUGCAGCAGCAGAGGUCCAUGGCGGGCGGGCCGUCAGCCAUCGCGUCGCGGCUGAACGCGGCGGCGGAGGCGGCGGCGGGGGACGCGCCCGCGGCCGCGCGGUGGGCGGGGCGCGCCGACGAGGACGAGGCGGCGGCGGCGCCGCCGAGGACGUAUGACGUCUUCAUCAACCACCGCGGGGUCGACACGAAGCACAACGUGGCGCGCCUGCUGUACGACCGCCUCGAGCACCUCAGCGGCGGCCGGGUCCGCUCCUUCCUCGACAAGAAGUCGAUGCGCCCCGGGGACAGGCUCGAGGAGAGGAUCGACGAGGGCAUCAGGCAGUGCAAGGUCGCCGUCGCCAUCUUCUCCAGGCGCUACUUCGACUCCGAGUUCUGCCUCCGCGAGCUCGCCUCCAUCGUCGAGGCGCGCAAGCUCCUCAUCCCCAUCUUCUACGGCAUCAAGCCCUCCGAGCUCAUCCUGCCGCCGGCCGUGGAGGAGUCCAAAGACCACGCCCCCAGGGACAUCGAGCGCUUCCGCCUCGCUCUCCAAGAGGCCAAGUACACCGUCGGCCUCACCUACGACCCCGCCACAGGGGACUUGGCCGAGCUGGUGUAUACGGCAGCGAACGCGGUGAUGGACAGGAUCCAAGAAAUGGAUCACAGGGUGCCGCAGCGGCAGAUGAUCGUAUCCAGGCUUACGAGAAACGUGUCUCGGUACCGGGUGGAGUGCGUCGACGAGGAGAUGCCUGGCGGCGCCGCGAGGGCGGCGUACGACGUCUUCAUCAACCAUCGCGGGGUGGACACCAAGCACAACCUGGCGCGCCUGCUGUACGACCGGCUGCUGCAGCUCAGCGGCGGCCGGGUCCGCUCCUUCCUGGACAACAAGUCCAUGCGCCCGGGCGACAGGCUGGGCGCGAGCAUCGACGAGGGCAUCAGGCAGUGCAAGGUCGCCGUGGCCAUCUUCUCCAAGCACUACUUCGACUCGGACUACUGCCUCCACGAGCUCGCCUCCAUCGUCGAGGCGCGCAAGGUCAUCGUCCCCAUCUUCUACGGCAUCAAGCCCUCCGAGCUCGUCCUGCCGCAGGCCGUCGUCGACUGCGACGCCUACACCCCCCGCGACAUCGAGCGCUUCAGGCUCGCGCUCCGCGAGGCCAAGUACACCGUCGGGCUCGCCUGCGACCCCGUCACAGGUGACUUGGCCGAGCUGGUGAACACGGCAGCGGACGCGGUCAUGGAAAGGAUUCAAGCAACGAAGAGGGUGCCACGAAGUCUGAUGAUCGCCUCCAGGCUGUAA